UUUUUGUGGAGUCAAGUCGGAGAGCCUUAUGUGUGCAGCAUGGAAUUGGUCGAACCGUUUAGGUGUCCAAACCAGAUCAUGGAGAGCUGAGCUUUGUCCGUCUUACAGCAGAUCUGAAGAAGCCUCUGACUGAAGACACUCUGUUGUUGUAGGACAGUCUGAUGAAGAGGAUGCUCAGGGUUCUGUUUGUAAAAGCUUUUCUUUUUUAAAACAAAGAGAAACAGAUUCACAUGUCUUACUCUGGCCCUGAUUCUCUGUCGUACGUACGAACAUAAGUGUGUGUGUAAAUAAAUCAAGUGAGACAUUAACGUAAAUCUCUGGAAAAAUGUGCUUUAUGAAAUAAAGUCCCUUAUUUGUAUUACAUCACACAUGUACACAUCGCAGCCUUGCCUCCAGCAAUAUGGCGGACACACGGUUACGUCUCAGCAGCGGGCCAACCACGUCGUACAUAUUAAUGUCUAUGGAACAGGGUUGUAAUUAUGCCGAUCACUCCAUUCCAGAUCGUGGCGGUAGUGCACUGAAAUGUAUCCUGGCGACCGCAAUUAAAUAAUCAUAAGAAGAAGGAGAAGAAUUAACGCAGGAAGUCGUCUCCUGUUGGAUGCUCGGAGCUACGUGUUGCCAUGUUAGCAUGCUGUUAGCUUCGUCUUUCCGGCCUGGGAGCUCUGAGCCCCGGGGAAGCUAACCGAUCCCAGUCCGGUCUAAGUGCUCUGAAUCCCGGGAGACUUCCUGGAUUCUGUCCGGCCUAAGAGCAUUCGAAAUAAAGUCUUUCAGACCUGAUAGUCCUGAACCUCGGAAAAGCUAACUGAAUCUGGCCGUUAUGAGAGGAAUGCCUUAACUCUCUAUUCGGCCUGAGAGUUUCGAUCUCCGGGAGGCUACCUGAAGUCCGACCGGAGUGCUCCGAGCCCCCCAGAAGUUAACCGACCUUUGUCCGGUCAGGGAGUUGCGAGUUUCGAGAGGCUACCUGCUCCCACAGCCGCUUCAGGAGUUUUGGGUCUACGGGGUGGACGGGGUGGAGGGAGGCUGAACGCCGUGAUGGCGACCAGAACGGGGUCAGGAAGUGCAGGUAACGGGUUAGGCAAUCUCCCGGUGAGCACCGCCGAACCCGAACCGAGCGCAGGGCGUAACACGGACGGAGACCAGUACGGGGAACAGGAGUACAGUACCGAGGUGGUUUACAGCGGCUCGGAUCAGGACUCUGACUCUGGGGACGAUGAGGACGCUGUGGGUUCCGGUGGAGACAGGAGGGGCGUGAAGCGGGAGAGGAGUGAGGACGGCCGGUCUGCCAAGUCUUCUGGCGGCUUGAACCGGGCUUACAGUGGGGGAAGUCCCGCGGUUUCUGGAGCCAAACCCGGGAAGAAGACCCGAGGCAGGGUCAAGAUUAAGAUGGAGUUCAUCGACAACAAACUAAGAAGGUACACGACCUUCAGCAAGAGGAAGACCGGGAUCAUGAAGAAGGCCUAUGAGCUGUCCACGCUCACAGGAACCCAGGUGCUGCUGUUGGUCGCCAGUGAGACGGGCCACGUUUACACAUUCGCCACCAGGAAGCUGCAGCCCAUGAUCACCUCGGAGACGGGAAAGGCUCUGAUCCAGACCUGCCUGAACUCUCCAGACUCCCCACCUCGCUCCGACCCGUCCACCGACCAAAGGAUGAGCGCCACAGGCUUUGAGGAGACUGACCUCACCUAUCAGGUGGCAGAGAUAGACAGCAGCCCUGAAAGUUCAAAGGACCUGGUCAAACCGACCUUUAGCCUGCCUGUCUCCAUGCAGCCUCAGCCAGCCUCCUCCUCUUCUGUAUCCCUGCAGGUGCAGACCAGUGCCACCUCCUGGCAGCCACCUACCUCUUCCAGCAAUGGGACGGUGCUGAAGACAUCGGCAGGUGUGGUUCUUCCUGGAGGAAUCACCCUGAUGUCAGGUGCCCAGCUGCCCCCUGGCACACACACUAUCCCACUCAGCCAGCUGCAGGGCCAACCUGUGACCAUCCAGGGCCCCACGGCGGCCCCCACAGCCACGCUUCAGACUCCAUCCACACAAACAACCACGCUGCUCCGCCUUCCUGCCACCGUGUCACUGACAGGAACUGGAGUCUCUCAGCAGCUGCAGACCAUACAGGUUCAGCCCAGCAGUCAGCAGACGUCCAAUCAGAGCGGCUCGGGGGCACACAGUCCCGCUUCUUCCUCUACAGCCAGUUUGCCUGUCACCAUCGUAUCCUCCUCUUCCUCCUCCUCUUCCUCCGUGGCAGGUCACAUGAUGUACCCCAGUGGUCACACAGUGAUGUAUGCCACGUCCACACCCUCUCUGGCUGACCGCAGCCUGGCCGUCCUCAACACCUUCCCACCCGGCCACACCCAGUCGCAUGACCCAGGUGCGGUCCAGCAGGUCUUCCUCACAUCACUUCCUCCGGUCGCUGGUCAGAUUCCACUUUCUGCAGUCCAGUUGCACCCGAUGGUGAUCAGCCAGCCCAACAGCAGCAGCAGUCUCACAGAGCUGCAGGUCGUCAGUCUGGACGUCCACCAAUCCAAAGAUGACUGACGGUCAUGUGACCCCUGGAUAGAGCCAUCACUGUUCUGGUGAGAUCACCUGGUACAUGUUAACAUGUCACAUGAUGCUCAGACAAGUUUAAGGAGAAGGAAUCCUUUCCAUCAGACCAAUAAACAUAUGAAGUACACAGGACGCUUUCAAAAUAAAAGCCUUGGCAGCAGUAGCUGGCUGUGAUGAUUCAUCUGAAAAAAUAAUGUCAUCAUGAUGUCAUCACGAUUUCUAGCCACGCUGCUGUUUGACGGAUAACACACCUGUCGAAAGAAACACACCUGGAACCAACUGAAAUCCAAUUCAGAUUGGAACUGGUUGAGUGACUGGGAGCCUGAACUGAUUGGUACAUUCAGGGACCUUCAGCAGCUGGACUUACCUCUGGUACCUGCUGCAGCCCUGGCCCAGGAUCGGUUUCUGCUCCAGGAUCAGUUCCUGACCCAGUGUUGGCUCCUGAGGAUUUGACAGCUGUGUGUGGAAGAGCAGCUAGCUUCCUGUUUGGUCACGUGGCUCAGAAUGCAGCAGAAUGGAUCAAUAAUCAGUGGAUGGUUCUGAUGAUGAACAUGGGUCUAUGUUCCCAGCUGACUGAUUCCUCACAGGUUUGAAACCAUGCAACUGAUCAGGUUUAUAUGAAGACUGUUGAUGUGUUUAUACUGAAAGGAAUAAAGUUUUUAUCCAGUCUGGAA